AUGGAAUGGGAUGAGUUUAAAGGAAUUUUUUACACCAAUCCAAUAUUUGCGUUACUGGCACCUGGUAUAUCAUUGAACAAUAUUAAAGAGUUAUGUAGAGAAAGAGAUGAAAUUCUACACGAAGAUAGAAAGGAAGAAAUCAUCAAAAUUAUCCACAAAAUUAAAAAAACAUAUGAAGCUCUUCCUGACCCAGAUAAAGACUUUGCCUAUUGCUAA